GAGAGAGAGGGAGAGAGAGAGAGAGAGAGAGAGGGAGAGAGAGAGAGAGAGCGAGUGAGAUAAAGAAAGAGAGAGAGAGAGAAAGACAGAGAGAGAGAGAGAGAACAGAACAGAACAGAAUGGAAUGUCUCUGAUUGUCCAUGUUCCGUCUCAGAACACAUGACAACAUAGAACUUGUACGGUAAGCACAGCUCUGUAGCAGGGAAUCACUCAUUAACAGUAGAAGGAUGACCUGCCACUCAUUGAGCUCCUUUGUACGGAGCCUGUCCAGGAGAAAACCUCUGGAGCCCGAGGGAGAGGAGUCCACUUUCAACCGCUGUCUGACCACCCUGGACCUGGUGGCCCUAGGGGUGGGGAGUACCCUGGGGGCAGGGGUCUAUGUUCUCUCAGGAGAGGUUGCAAGGACGUCGUCAGGUCCCAGCAUCAUUAUAUCCUUCUUCAUUGCUGCCGUGGCCUCUGUCUUUGCCGGCUUGUGCUACGCUGAGUUCGGGGCCCGCGUCCCCAAAACGGGGUCUGCGUAUCUCUACAGCUAUGUGACGGUGGGAGAGCUACUGGCCUUUAUUACCGGGUGGAAUCUGUUGCUGUCCUACGUCAUAGGGACGUCCAGUGUGGCGAGGGCUUGGAGCGGAACCUUUGAUGACCUCAUCGGCAAUGCCAUGGGGAACUUCUUCAAAGAAAACGUAUACAUGAACCUCCCGGGCCUCGCAGAAUACCCAGACUUCUUUGCUGCUGGACUCAUUAUGCUCCUGGCAGGUCUGCUGGCCUUCGGUGUCCAGGAAUCGGCAAUAGUCAACAAGAUCUUCACGGCCAUCAACAUCCUGGUUCUUCUGUUUGUCAUUAUUGCGGGCUUCGUCAAGGGAGACAUCGGUAACUGGCAGAUCAGUCAGGAGACGCUCAUCAACGCUACAGCAAAAUCACAGAAUCUAACGUCUACAGUCAAUGUGACCAGUAUGUAUGGGGAUGGAGGGUUCUUCCCCUACGGUUUCGACGGGACAAUCUCCGGAGCCGCUACCUGUUUCUACGCCUUCGUAGGCUUCGACUGCAUCGCCACAACAAGUGAGGAGGUGAAGAACCCUCAGAAGUCCAUCCCGCUGGGCAUCGUGGCGUCGCUCCUCAUCUGUUUCCUGGCCUACUUCGCUGUGUCGGCGGCCCUCACUCUGAUGAUGCCCUACUACAUGCUGAAUGUUAACAGCCCGCUACCCGUGGCCUUCGAGUACAUCGGCUGGGGGCCCGCCAAGUAUGUGGUGGCUGUCGGUUCACUCUGCGCCCUCUCCACCAGUCUGCUGGGUUCCAUGUUCCCUAUGCCCCGCGUACUGUUUGCUAUGGCCAGAGACGGCCUCCUCUUCAAGCCCCUCAGUAAGGUCAGCGCCAGACAAAGUCCUGUCAUCGCUACCAUCUCCUCCGGGGUCGUAGCAGCGAUAAUGGCCCUGGUGUUUGACCUGAAAGCAUUAGUUGAUAUGAUGUCAAUUGGGACACUCUUUGCCUACACACUUGUGGCUAUAUGCAUUCUUAUACUUAGGUACCAAGAGACCCAAUCAAAAGAUUCAGAUCUCCAGAUCCUUGAAUCAAACACCAAGUUUGGUUGUCUGGAACCACCAUCAUUCCCAACAUCGGGCACCUCGAAAACAGUCACAGGUUUGACUGUAUUGUCAGUGGUGUGUGUAUGUGCUCUGUGCCUCCUGCUGACCCAAGCGAUAGACGCUAUACAGCGGCAAGAGAUCUGGAGCAUUGUGUGUGUGUCCAUCGUAGCCUUCAUCCUACUGGUCCUCGUCAUCGUCAUCUGGAGGCAUCCACAGAACCAAGCCAAGGCUGCUUUCAUGGUGCCCUUCCUGCCCGUGCUGCCAGUAGUUAGUGUGUUUGUCAACGUCUACCUGAUGGUCCAGUUAGGAGGAGACACCUGGAUGCGAUACGCCAUCUGGAUGGCUGUAGGGUUCCUCAUCUACUUUGGUUAUGGGAUCCGUAACAGUGUUCAGAAGCAGAGGAACCAGACCAGCCAGGUAAAGAUUGAGACCAUCAGCGGUGUGAUGGAAAAGGAGGCUGUCAAAGAAGAGAAGUUCUGAGGCUGAGUGGAAAGGACAGUGCCGGGCAGGACAACACAGGACAGGACAUGACAUGACAACACAGGACAGCACAGGACAGCACAGGACAGCACAGGACAGCACAGGACAGCACAGGACAUGACAACACAGGACAGCACAGGACAGCACAGGACAGCACAGGACAGCACAGCAC